CGAAAUACCGUUCAGCUGGUAGGUGAAGUAGCCCCGCUUUGGUGUAAAACCAUAAGAAAUUUCGCGGUAUGAAUCUAAUUCUAGUAUUUAUCUGCUGUGUACAGUGAUGGUGUUGUGAUGAAAAGCUUUCGAAACCUCAAAUAGUUACUUCUCAUCCAAACCAGCAAACGUACUCCAUCCAUUUUACGGUUGCCUAUGGUUUCGUUGCUGAGUACUGUUGUUAUUGUUGGUAUCAGAGACUCCAUCAUUUGGUGGUGGUGCUGUGCUGCUGUUGGUGUUAUUCAAGACAGGGGGAGCUGCAGUCAUACCUGUGUUCGGACUCAUCGCCGGAAUAUUGAUACCAACGGGAUGUAGUCCGGGAAUCACCGGCAUCCCCGCAGCCACAUCCACGAUUCCAGGAAUGGCCUGACCCUGAGAUGUCAGUCCCACUGGAGGCAACCCAGUCGGAGCUAUGCCCUGUAGCUGUGCUGCCCCAGAAGCGGACAAUCUCUGGACUUGCCCGGUCAUCAUCCCUGGUAUAGGCGCUAUUCCGGGGACUUGGCUCGGCAUAUGGAUUCCAGCUCCUGGGUUCGACGCUGGAACAAGAAUUUGUGUACCAUCUGCAGCUGGUACGAGAUAAUACCCACCGCCUGGAGUGCCACUAAGUCCAAAAUGCUGUACCUGURAUGCUGGUGCAGGAGUCGAAUGGGCGGUGAAUUGUUGGCCUGAACUCAAUGAGGUACUAGGAUUUCCUUGAAGACUUAUCAUCCCAGCAGUCGUGGUCGCAGGAGUUCCUGUGAGGCCGAAUUGUUGCGUGUUCACUGCAGCAGCCACCGUGGUAGGGGCACUCGCGAGGUUGAACUGAUGCGUACCUAUUCCAGCAGCUGAAUAAUAUGCUCGAAGUUGUUCHUGCUGUAUGGCUAAUGCUGCUUGCUGCUGUUGCAAAAUCAGUUGCUGCUGUUGAAAUUGAUGUUGCAUUGCAGCAAGUUGUUGUUGGUAAGCUUUUUGGGCAUCGAAAGCUUCCAAUUUCUGCGUUGCAUCUACGCUUGGAUUGAAGCUAGAUUGAGUAUCACUGUCUUUCUGGGAAUGUUCACCAUUUAUACCUUCGCCAACAGACUUGGCACUUGUUGCUGACUUGGGUCGCUUAGGGAUGGUGUCAUCUUUGAUUUCCAUCGGCGGAUCAGCUCUUAUUUCCAACUCAGCUUUGACCACCAUUGAUGGGACAGCAUCUAUUCCACUCUCUUGACUCGAUGCGUAAACAACCUGCUGAUGAAGCGAGCCAAUCACAGUAGGCACAGUUGUAGAAACUGCAGGAACCGCAUCUCCCUCUCCAAACGAACGGCUCGUCCUGGGAUUACUAGCUGCACCAACCCUUCGCUGUUGCGCCCCGGAAUAAAGAACUCGAUGCGAACCAAAUGAUCCAACCUGACUAAUUUGGAUGUUGCCUUGGUAAUUUGACCGGCUAUUAUUCCCCGAACUUAUGGAUGUGGUUGAUGUAGUAGCUGUUGUUACAGAAUCUCCCAUUGGAACUACUCCCGGUCGGCGCAAUGCUAGAGCAAAAUCAGCUUCGUUGAAAGACUCGGGCAGUGCUAUACAAUUUCCCGCUUCUGAAAAACUCUGAGGGCCACCCGAAAAGGAAGAACCGUACCUAAGAAGUUGAAUUCCUUGAUCAAUUCCGAAUUGUGACAUGCUUGACGACAUAUGGGUGCAUUCUUGAUAAGAACCUUGAUACGAGCCUUGGCGCAUGGGACGUGCUACUGCGUUGAUUGCUUCAUCAAUGUGAUCAGUCACAGUGGAGGUUUGAUCUGUUGAGGUAUUAUUCUUCGAUAACGCAUUACGUACGGUCGGCAUUCCAUCUUGAUUUGGUGGGCUCUCGGACCGAGAGCGACUGUAGCUGCGAUUAUAGCCACGCCUGGCUGCUUGCUGUUUCUCUCGUGUUUUUUGAACACUUCGUAGUUUUCUUUGAUAAAUGGUUGGAUCAGAA